CCACAGCAGCGAGGAGGGGGAGUCUGUGCUGGAGCAGCCGUUGCCAGAGAGGAUCUCCUUCAUCCGUGGCUUCCUGCAGAAGCACUGCAAGCACAAAUCAGCCACGGAGAACCUGGUCUCAGCACAGAAACUGCUGGAGGGAGAGGAGCUGGCGUUGGCCAAGGUGGCCGUGCUGCUCCUGUAUCACACCUCCAUGAGCUGCAAGAGCCCUGGGGACUGGAAUGAAUUUGACUACAAGACCCAGGUGGAGCUGGCAUCGAUCCUCAGAUUCGUGCUGGACAACGAGGAAAGCCUGAAUGAGAAUCUGGAGAUGUUUCUGCAGAGGAAAGCGCCGCUGUCCUCAUCCAGCACAUCCAGCAGCAGCUCCGAGGAGCACUCCCCGCUGCUCUCCCUCCCACACAAGCGAGAGGUGCGUUUCCUGGAGCUGCAGAGGAUUGCCUCCUCCUCCUCAUCUUCCUCCAGCACCAACAACCUGCUCCCCGGCCCGCCCUCCUCACCCAUGGGGGACGUCAUGCAGACCCCCCAGUUCCAGCUGCGACGGCUGAAGAAGCAGCUGGCUCUGGAGAGAGAGAACCGGGAUGAGCUGGAGGUGGAGCUGGCAGAGAACCGCAAACUCAUCACGGAGAAGGAGGCUCAGAUCACCAUGAUGCAGCAGAGGAUUGACCGCUUGGCUCUGCUCAACGAGAAGCAAGCGGCAGAUCAGCUGGAGCCCAAGGAGAUGGAGGAGCUGAGGGAGAAGAAUGAGAGCCUGACCAUGCGCUUGCACGAGGCCCUCAGGCAGUGCCAGGACCUGAAGACUGAAAAAGGCCAGAUGGACCGAAAAAUCAACCAGCUCUCCGAGGAGAACGGGGACCUUUCCUUCAAGCUGCGGGAGAUCGCCAGCCACUUGGUCCAGCUGCAGGAAGCUCUGAACGAGCUCUCAGAGGAGCACAACGCGGCCCUGGCACAGUCACAGGAGAAGCAGGGGCAGCUGGAGGGCGACCUGCGUGCUGCGCUGCAGGAGAAGAAAUGCUCAGAAGAGAAGAUUGAGAUUCUCCAGGGGAAGAUUUCUCUGCUGGAGGAUCAGCUGGCCAAGCUGGGGGACUGCAGCACCCAGGAGAAGGGAGAGGUCAUGGGGGACAUCCUGAAG